AUGUUCGCUGGGAAAUCGACUGAGCUCCUGCGAAGAAUUAUGCGAUACCAGUUAGCCAAGAAAAAAUGUAUCGUGAUCAAAUACGCGAGGGAUAAUAGAUAUGGUCUCAAAGACAUAACGAGACACGAUCAACACACUAUCGAAGUCAUAUCAGCUCUGGAAUUGGGCGCGAUUCCUGGAAAAUGUCUCGAACAAGUCGAUGGUAUAAUUGGAAUCGAUGAAGGGCAAUUCUACCCAGACUGCAUCCGUUUCGCGGAGCUCAUGGUGAAUAAAGGAAAGAUUGUCAUCAUUGCUGCCCUCGAUGCAGAUUUUAAAGGACGAAGUUUCAACGGAAUCACUGACUUGGUACCCUCCGCCGAAAAAGAUUCUCCUGAACCGAAAUUCCAAUCACAAGACAGCUCUGUUCAAAUGAAAUUUUAUGGAAAAGAAGAGCUCGAGAAGGUCGCCUGCUCGAAUCAAUUCACUGUCACUCUUGAGUUUCCUCAUGUCGGAAGAGAACAUGCGCCGCAGUAUUUUACCUCGAGUUCUUUGGGCGAAAAUGAGUGUCAAAUCGGAGUCAUUCACAGAACUAGCGCGGCGAGAGCGAUCUCGGAUAUGUCCAGCAAAACUUGUCGUUUUUCCGAAGGCGAUGUUGGAAAAUCGGUUGAUAUUCGCAAAGACUUCGAAAAAUCCUCAUUUUCUCUUGAUGAUGAGUACGAUCUUUCUCUGUGCGAGGAGAAUAAGAAAACCGGCUCGGAUCCCCAAUCACUUGGAAAGUUCUAUAACGCUAUUUACUCAAGCGAUAUGAGUGUUCUUAUCUAUCGAGAUGGGGACGUUUGUGAAAACGAUUUAAAAUACGAUUCAAUCAUAAACACCAACUGUCUGGUUGAAAAAUCCGAAGAUGGCUAUGCGUUUACUUUCGAAUGGAACAGGAACGAAGUCUGCCAAGAAAAGCUCGAAACUGUCUGUGGAAUGAUUCUAGUCGGACACGACGUCAGCUCGAUCAUGCGCCAGCCGAUUAGUCUCAUCGAGAAGCUAUCACGAGAAAAUGUCGACGACCAGAAAGACUUAUUUAACGCAUUGCUAGAAUCAGUUGAAAGCUGCUUUCAAUCUACCAUUUCUGAAUUUGCAGAAAAUCCAUCCGAGAAGAACGCAGCGCGGAAAUCCAGAAACAAAAAAAAUCAAACUCCAGAAGACUCGAAAACCUCAAGACUUCAACGCGAAAUGAUCGAUUUGGUUGGAAUACUGGUUUCAAAGUCUGAUCGACUUGAGCCUGAAUUCGCCUUGCUUCAGCUCGAAAUUAUCAUUAUACUGGCGAAAAACGCCACAAAAGAUUUCAAAAACGCAAUCUACAACUUCUUGUACAACGAAAUCGCCGAAGAGUGCGAGGAAAGUUGCCAAGGAUUGAAAACAGAAGACAUUCUAGUUCGCAAUCAUGAGUUGGUUUCUUUGUGGCUUCUUCUAAAAUAA